AUGCAAAAACUACACUUGAAGAGCCCCUUCAAAACAUCUGGAAGGCAUCACGGCCGCCGAUCCAAAGAGCCGUCGCCGCUCCAACGGGAUGCAAGCCCAAGUUCGAACACCGUUGUCACGAAAAUAUCAUCAUCUUCUAGUAUUGCAGGUGGAUACACAGAUAGAAGCUCACGGUCAGUUUCGCCAUGCCAUUCUUCGCCGAAUCUUUCAUCCGCGAGCGGUGGCAAUAACAGCCGGAGCAUAUUUCGGGAGUUGCAAAGCUCCGAUGAUGAGUCGAACGGGGGAGGCUUAGAUGUGGAUGAUAUGUCGCGGGAUUUUUCUCGUUUGAACAGAUCGCAAAGUGAAUUGCGAGAGGCAUCAGCGAGCAAUCCGGCAUUGGUGCUCGAGUUGAAUCUUGACUGCGAGGUGAGGUUCAUCAGUCGAAGUUGGAAGCACAUUGUGGGCACAGACAUCUCUAAGAUUGUCCGUAAGCCGAUUGGAAAGAUUAUUGUUGGUACGGAUGAGGACAAGCAGGUGUUCCAGAAGGCGACAGGUAUCAUGAUGAAAGACGACGAGAGUUACCGGGUACGGUUUGUUGUUCAGACGAACUUGGAUGGGGGAAAAGAAUAUGAGGCGGAUGAGAAGAAUGAGAAGAAUGAAGAUGAGAAGAAUAAGGAUGAGAAGAAUGAGAAAGAAUAUGAGAAACAUAAAAAUGAAUAUGAGAAAGAGGAUAGGGAGGACUUGGAGGAUGAUGAUGAGCAAUACGUGGAUGCAAGUGCAGAAAUCAGCACCAGCAGCAGUCUUCGGGCAGGUUUUAAAGAGCCAAUCGUUGGUUGGCAGUCUCCAGGCGGCGAGCAGACCUCGUCAGCUGGAUAUGGUAGUCUUGCCGAAAGCACAAUGUGUGCAGCAACAUCGGCGGUGUCGUCAUCUUCAGAAGACGACUCGGUGAGCAUCAAAUCGUCAAGCUCGACAAUCACGACAGACGGAGGAGCAAUCGAGCUCGAGGCACAGGGGAUUCUGAUCUCAGACCCGCGGACAGGAAGGCCAACACACUCGAUGUGGAUUGUGAAGCCGUGGAUCGCGCUCAAGGAGGUGAAUCUGGAGAUGCCCGAUGACCUCGUGUGGACGCUUGGGUUCGGUGCAAACCUGUUGGAGUCGUACUUGGUGCACUUGAACGAUAUCGGGGUGAUCGACGAGGAGCGAGUGCCGCCGCCACCGGUGCAGUUGUGCCGGAUAUGUGAGCAGAACGUGCCGGAUUGGUGGCUUGAGCGGCACACAGAGCUAUGUGCACUUGAGCACCGGGUGGAGGAUUCGGUGUAUCUGGGACAGGAGGCACUCCAGGAGCACCGGAAUGCUCUUGGCCGGAUCUACACGAGCAUGAUCACGCGGCGGGACCCUGUAGGGGGGCCGGUUGGUUCUGGGGGCACAGCUUCCCCGACAGCACCCCCGAUAGAGUACCGGGGGCUGGUGGUAAGCGAGCCUGCCAGGGGUGCACUCCCCGGCUCAUCGCAGAACCAGGCCUUGCAGACCUUGCGGAGCUUGUUGCAGAUGCUCAAGUACUCGGACGAGGCACUCCAGGUGAACACGGGCGAGGUGAGGGCCGGUGGGGCAGCUGGAAACCCGCGGAUUUCGUACUCGCCGGACUCCACACGGCAUUUGCACCGGCUCGGGCAGCUGGACCUGGGCGUGUCCGGCAACGCGGCAGUGCAGAGGAUGAUAGAGGACACGGUGGAGUUGAGCCGGGAGAAGCUAGACAGCAUAGUGCGGCUUGCCCACGUGCAGCAGUCGGUGGACCGGAUCACGAGGGAGACGGACGGCAUGGUUUUGCAGGUGAUCCAGGGCACGAUCUCAAAGAUUAGGGACCAGGUGUUUGGGUACAGUGGCAGCGAUGUGGACGAGGACAGUGAUGUGUCUAGCGAGAGCAUGCAGCGGGUGGGAUCGGGGCGGAUGCAGGCCCCGGUAGCGAUCAGGUCGCCGCAGCCCAGGCUGCCGUCCAGAUUACCGUCCAGUGGGUCGUUUGCGGGCACUGGCCGGGCCCCGAUAUAUAGUUACAUGGAGAGCAGUCGGGGUCCUGGGAGUGUGGGUGGGGCAGGAAGUGGUAUGGGUGGUGCCUCAACUCCGGUGAUAUCGAUAUAUGGUGAGAACCCGGGGGAGGCCACCGGGGGGCCAGGCACCGGAUAUUUGUCACCCAGGAGACCACUCUCGCCCGGCUCCAGCAUCCCACUAAGUAGCAUCCAGCGGAACUCCAAGGGCAGCGUGAACGGUGUUCUGUCGCGGGCUGUUUCGCCGUUUUCGUCGCCAUUGCCGGUGGGGGUGGAAUCUGGAGAGAAGAAAAGCCUGGGUGACAGAGAAACACCCAUAUUGCAAAACCUCCCUCUCUCACCGCUCAUCGUGCCCCAGCAGCCCAAGCAGACACCGCCCUCGAUCCGCGACUACGAGGUUGUCAAGCCAAUCAGCAAGGGGGCGUUUGGAUCGGUGUUCUUGGUCCGGAGGAAGCUCACCCGGGAGUACUACGCGAUGAAGGUGCUGGCGAAGACGGACAUGAUCGCAAAGAACCAGGUGACGAACGUCAAGGCGGAGCGUGCGAUCAUGAUGGCCCAGACAGACUGCCCCUACGUGGUGCAGCUCGUGGCAUCGUUCCAGAGCACAAACUUCCUCUACUUGGUGAUGGAGUACAUGAACGGGGGCGACCUCGCGACCUUGUUGAAGAACAUGGGCACGAUGCCCGACGGCUGGGCCCGCCGGUACAUUGCCGAGGUCAUCGUGGGGGUGGACUACUUGCACCGCAACGGCGUUGUGCACCGGGACCUCAAGCCCGACAACCUCCUCAUCGAUCACAGUGGCCACGUCAAGCUCACCGACUUCGGCUUGAGCCGCAUGGGCUUGGUCCGCCGCCAGAAGGGCAGGUACUGCUCUUCCAGCAACAGCUCCUCCGGAAGCAUUCGCUGCUCCUCCCCUGCUGCCAAUGGAGAGCAACACUCGGAUGAUCGCCGAUCGCUCGGCUCCGUCAGCUCGUUGGAGGAGUUGCGGAGCCCAGUGGGGAGCAUCAAGUUGGCACACGCCACACACGGGUCCAGGGGCUCAUCCUACAGCUCUGGCUCGCCAUUGGCUACGCCCACCUCCGAAAUUGACACGUGGCACCAACGGAAGUCCAGCAACUCGUCCCUGGCAGCAGCGGUGACCCUGGCAGCAGCAUCAGCCGCAUCAGCAAACCCCACCAAGAAGACAAACACCCAGACACUGCUUGUCUUUAACGGCAAGGACUUGCCCUCCUUGAGACCGCCCGAGAUCACCAACUACGCGUUGUUUGACCCGGAGCAGUCGGCGAAGUCCAGGCGGUUCGUCGGCACCCCGGACUACUUGGCACCCGAGACGGUUGCCGGCCGGGGCCAGGACCAGGUGUCCGACUGGUGGUCUGUCGGCUGCAUUCUCUUCGAGUUCCUGUUUGGCUACCCGCCGUUCAAUGCAGACAAGCCCGAGACCGUGUUCGAGAACAUCCUCAACGGCCAGAUCCAGUGGCCACGCCUUGACCAGGCUCAGUUCACUACUUACUGCACGGACGAGGCCCGCGAUCUCAUCCAGAGCUUGUUGGUCAAGGACCCGGCCCACCGGCUGGGUGCCCACGGGUCUGCCGAGAUUAUGGACCACCCGUACUUCCGCGGCUUAAACUGGGGCUCCCUUUUCGAGGACGACGCGUCCUUCGUCCCCAACACCGACACCCCGGACUCAACCGAGUACUUCGACCCGCGGGGCGCCAAGAUGAUCUCCUUGGAGAAGGAGAUGGGGGGCAGUGAAGCUGGCUGCGAGGAGAAUGCUGAUUCUGAUGAUGACCCGCACAGCAGCCCCCUGCUGGGUGCACGGAUGCCCGUGUUGAGGCACAAGUCGUCGGUCUCCUCGGUUCUUUCGCAGGGUGUUGUUGGGGACUACUCGGUCCACCGGGGCUCCUUAAUCGGCGAGGUUGCAAACGUGAAGCGGUCCGAUUCCGCCGCCUCAUCCAUGGAGUCCCCCCUAAGACAGAGUUUCUCGAAGAACCCUGCUCAGAUGAGGCUAACGGGAAAGCGAGAGAGACGCAAUUCCAGGUUGAAGGAUGCCUCGUCGUCGUCCGAGUUCGGGUCGUUCCAGUUCCGGAACUUGGCCUUGCUGGAGAAGCAAAACAAAGAUGUCGUCAACAGGCUCAAGACCGAGCACCUUGAGCGGAGGAGCAGCAUGUCCUCCAUGGGAUCCUCGGACAGCUACAGCUUGAACCUGAACCUGAAUUCCCCCAGUGUCUCGUCUGCCUCCGGGGCCAUCACACCCAUCAGCAAGUGUCCACCCGGUGCUGUGGGCUCGUUGUCACCCCGAGUUAUGAAAUCCCCCGCUGCCAAUCUUAACGGCACCCCAAUCUCUGCUCUCAAGUUGCAGCAGCAGCAGCGACAACUCCACGGUAUCCACCACAGCUCCGGGUUCUUGCUAGACUCACCGGACUCGUCGUCUGCACUCAGAUCAGUGGCCAAAAGCGUCGGAACUCACACCGACAGAUCGUCCUCGUUGUCUGAUAAUGAGGAGAGGGCCUCCAUCAUUGCAAAAGUCAUGCGUAGAAGAUCCAGGCGGAGAUUGACAAACAGAUCCGGCUCCUCAUCGGGUAUGACCGCCGGCUCAUCCGACAGCUUCAAGAAACUAUUCAGUGCUUUGGACGUGUUGCUAUGCGAGCCGAUUCCAAUCUACCGCUACGCGAUCGAGAACGACUUGAGAAAGCUUAAUUGCAAUGUUGUCGCCGUCAGCAGCGGUUCAGAGCUAGUUAAACGCGGAACCAGCGGUGUGCAGUUCGAUCUGAUAUUCACGUCGACAAAGCUUUCAAAGCUCGAUGCCGGCGAUCUCGUCAAGCUAAUAAGACACACUCCCUGUGCCAAUUCGGACACCAGGGUUAUAGCCUUCACCCCAUCCUGCCACGAUAUCGUGAUCGGCGGUAUCUUCAAUGAUGUUAUUGAGUAUCCCAUCACCACCGAGAAGAUCAAAUCUGCCGUCGAGGACUACAGGCGGCACAUGAAAUUCGAAGAGGAGGCCAUUGUUACAGAUACCGAAUGA